UUUCUGGAUUGCGGUAAUUAAUUUACCUCGCUAUCAGAACUCAGGACAUAAUCGAUUUAUAAAUUAAAAAGUGUUUCAUUGUUUUGAUUUUGUAUUUUAUGAGUUCUCGGUUUCAUUUUGUAAUGCCCGAUUGAAGUAAAUCCCAACUUUAUAUUGCAUUGAUACUUUGUUGCGUUAACACAAGCUAUGGCGUCAGCAGAUCUAAUAGGCUUGAAUAAAACUUGGGAACUUUCAUUGUAUGAACUUCAUAGAACUCCACAAGAGGUUAUCACAGAUAGUACAGAAAUUGCUGUAUCCCCUCGGAGCUUACACAGUGAAUUGAUGUGUCCAAUCUGUUUAGAUAUGCUAAAAAAAACCAUGACAACUAAAGAAUGUCUUCACAGGUUUUGUUCAGAUUGCAUAAUUACUGCUCUCCGUUCUGGUAAUAAAGAGUGUCCUACUUGUCGAAAGAAACUAGUUUCUAAGCGUUCAUUGCGCCCAGACCCAAAUUUUGAUCUACUUAUAUCCAAAAUCUAUCCCAGCCGUGAUGAAUAUGAAGCCCAUCAAACCAGAGUAUUAGAAAAAUUGAACAAAUGCCAUAGCCAAGCAAAUUUAGUGCAAUCCAUUAAUGAAGGCAUAAAAAUCCAAACACAAAAUCGUUUGCAGCGUUCCAAAAAAAGUCAACAAGAUGAACUAAAUGAAAGUAGUUCUUCAUCUACUCUAAAAACUUCUUCCAACAACCUUGAGAUUGGUAAAGAUAAUGUUACUAGAACUGAAGUUCAAGCAAAGGUAGCCAAAAAACUUAAAACUGUAAUGAUUUCUGAAAAUGAUGGUCCCGCAUCCUUGUCAGCUGACAGAUCAGAUAUUACUGAAUGUGAUGGCUCUUCAAGAGGAGUAUCAGUAGAUGAAAUUGAACUGGUUUUUAAGCCUCAUCCAACUGAAAUGGGAAGUGAYAAUCAAUUAAUAAGAGUGUUGAAAGAAAAUUCUGUACGAUAUAUUAAAACUACUGCAAAUGCUACUGUUGAUCAUUUAAGCAAAUACUUAGCGAUGCGACUUACAUUAGAUCUCGUUCCUGUACUUCCUGAACGAGCUCUAAGCUUCUUAAUCUAUGUAUCACCGACAUCUGAUCAAUAUGUUCCACUAAAUGGAAAUCAGACUUUACGACAGGUCCACGACAAAUAUUGGAAAAUGAAUAAACCAUUAGAAAUGUUUUACUCGUUUAACUAAGUUAUGCCAAACUAAUUUGUAAAUUAUACAUUUUUUACUCUUCUUUACCUUUAAAAUAGUUUUAAGAAAUGUAAAUAAUAAUAAUAUUAUAAAUAUAAGUUAUUAUUGUAUGAAUGCUUAUAACUUAAAUUUUAUUUGCUUUAAAUUGUGGUGUUAUACUCUCUUUUAGUUAUUAGUGAACAAUUUGCACAUAUARACUGAUGUCAAACUCCCUAAGUGGUGUCUAGGUCAUAGGUUAUAAUUGUCGUACAUUUAGUCAAAUGGCUAAAACUGUUAACUGUUAACUUGAGUAUAGUACUGUAAAAUUAAUGUUUUUUUAUUUAUUUAAUUUAGUUGAGGACUAAUUGAAUCAGUCAUUUGAUAAAUCUGAUUCUAUAAUUUCUAUAAAUCUUUUCCUAACCUAAACUUUUGGUAAAACAAAAAAAAAUUGUUCUAUAGGUACAAUUAGGUUUUAUACACACUACAAUUUUCACUGCUAUCAAAACAUAUUUUUAAGAUAGACAAGUUGGGAUUCUUUUGAAAUAUCUUACAUUUUAAGAAGAAUCCAAAACUAAAAUAAGUAUAAAACAUGUUGAUAUUUUUUUUAGAUAAUUCGGAGUUUUCAAUAGACAAGCUAUAAACUUACGCAAGAGUAAUUUUUAGUUUUAAUGAAUUUGAUAUAAUUGAGUAUUUUAAUAAAAGUUUGAAGACAUUAUUAAUAUUGUGCUUGUCUAUUGCCAUUUUAUUGCAAUUGUUGAGCUAGAUUUAUAAUAAAAAGCUAAUAAAAAAAACUAUUGCCAUAUAUUUUGUUAUAUGAUUGAAUAGUCCCUACUCCCUACUCUUGACUCAAUUCUGUCGUCUUCUUAUUUCAACAAUAGUGUAUUAAAUACAACACCUACACUAUGUCAUUUUUGACCCGGUGUUCUAUUUUAGAACCUAUACAAAUAUAUAUUAGUUUUACACUUUGAUGUUCCCAUAAUUUUUUAUGAGAGUAAACUACACCGAAGAAUGCCAGAAUAUAGGUGUUUUAUAAUUUUAAGAUAAAAGUAUUGAAUGUUUAAUUGACAACCAAAAAAUUACUAUUACAUUUUUGACAUAACAAAAAAAAAAAAAAA